AUGCUCCCAACUCUAUCGCAUGACGGGGACUGGGUCCUCGUCUCCCCCUUGCCUUACUUCAGACCAUGGGCCAAGUCCCUCUCGCCCUCGCGCGGCGAUCUGGUCGUAGCCUUCAGCCCUACCGAUCCCCGCAAUACCGUCUGCAAGCGGGUCAUUGGCGUCGAGGGGGAUGUGGUCGAGGUGGAGCCGAGAAGGGGGACGGGGUAUAGAAAGUGGAUGGGGGAAGAGCCAUGGGAGGAGGAGGUGAAUAAUAGGGACGCGGUAUCGACAAAUGAUCGGCCGCUGAGGAUGGGAAGGAGAGGGGAGGGGCAGUUCAUCAAGGUGCCCAAGGGGCAUGUAUGGCUUGCGGGGGACAAUCUCAGCAAUAGUACCGACUCGAGGACGUAUGGGCCUGUCCCGGUCGGGAUCGUCAAGGCCAAGGUGCUGGCGAGGGUGUAUCCGAACUUCAAAUGGCUUAACGAGUCAGCGCAACCUCGGGUACUCGAUCCAUAG